AGUGCGCAUGCGCAAGAAAUUAAGCGCUGGGUUCAAGUUAAAAAAAUAUUGAAAGAAAGAAAAGAUUUUCAACUAUAUACACCAAUAUCUACGUAUAUAAUAGGAUGCUGUCAUGAAGAGGAGGAGAAGAUCUCUAAGAAUCAGUCAGGAUUUGGAAACAUGUGGAGAGACUUUUGGAAGUGUGUGGAAAGAACCAUCACCUGAAUCUUGUCGUCAGGCAGAUUUGAAAGAAAAGAGACGAAGAUCCAAAAUAUUAAAUGCUGAGGAGUUGCUUCCCUUCAAAGUCACAGAAACGCAAUACAGAGCUGAAGUUGAACAUCUAGACUUUCUUAAUGUGGAUAUCCAGACAACUCCGCUGUCGGAGGUAGAGAGAGCCAGAUGCCCAGACAAAAGCAUUGGUGAUGAAGACAAUCCCGGGAUCACUCCCAUCAACAUUACAGAAGACGUGCUGAAUCCCUCAACAGAGAAGAUUUCUUUCAUUGAUGACACACCUAGGAGUAGCUCCACCUCAACUCCUCUGCCAAAACUUCACCCAGAAGUUUUUUCUACCCCUCUAGCCCCUCCACAUUUAUCAGACUCCUUGCCAUAUUCCCCUUCUCAACCCAUACUAGGAAACAUUUCUGAAUCCCUUGGAAGCAGUUCUCUUGUAAGCCCUUGUUCCCCAGCCUCUGAUGUGGAAUUUUUCACUCCCAUGUCUCACAUGAAGUCUCACCCAUCCCAAACUGACUUAUCGUCAAGGAAGGCAAGUGGAACAAAGUUUCGACCCAAACAACUGGCUGCUGAAUACUCUGUGGAAAAGAUGAGUGGAAAGAAGAAUGAAUAUAGACAAGGAGAUUCUGCAGCAAAUUUCGCUAAUGUCUGUAAAUCACUUGGAGAAAAAUUGUUAAUGCUAAAGAAGACCAGUUCUUCGGAGGAGAAUACAACCCAGAGCUUGACUGGUAUAGUGGAGGAAGAUGUUGGAUUUGAAAGAAAAGAAGAAAACAGCAAGAUUGACCAAUCAAUUAAGAAUUCUGCAAGUCCUGACAUAACUGAAACACAUUUAAAAUUCACUGAAUCUCCACAGAAAACCAUGGAUUCAUGUGUAAUGAGCCAGUCAUGUGACAAGCUUAAGUUGCAGACUGAACAGAAUGAAGAGCCAUCGGAACAUUUAUUAGAAAACUGUGACAAAAGUGAUGAAAAAAACAUUCAAACAGCAGAAAUGAGUAAUUUGGAUGUGAAACCAUGUCUAACACCAGAUUUACACGGUCUUCCUAAGGCAUAUUCAGCGUCACCUCAACACAGUCAGGAUCAGAUCAGUCAAAUGGAAGAAAAAAUAAAGACUUCACAUAAUAAAGCAGAAAAUGUAGAGAUGCAGGAAAAGACACAGCCACGUAAACGAGGAAGGCCAAGAAAAUCAUCAACAGGCUUGCCUACUUCUGGUGGAUUAAAACAAGUUGUCUGUGAAAUUUCAGAGGAAAAAAUUAAUAAUCUGGUGAACAUGACUAGUACGAAAGGAAACAGUAAUGAAGCUAGUGCUGUGAACUUGUUGAACUUGGAAAAUGUUCAUGGAUGUAAUGAAAUGCAAAAUGAAAAUAUGAGUAAUAACUUUGUGGAUCAAAGUCAAGGUAAUGAACUAGACAAAGAAAAAAUAGUAAGCAAUGAAUCUGAGAUGACAACUGAUGAUGCAGUGCUAAGGUAUGGUAAAUUUUCCACAGUACUGAAAAGGAGCAGAGGACGUCCCAGAAAGAAAUCCUUGGACAGCAAGUCAGAAGAUAUUGGUGGAAAUUCGGAAAAUAAUAGAGAAUGCGAUGUAAAGAAAUGUGAAGGUGAUCAGGAACAGGAGGAGCUGUUAGCCAGAGAAAAGAAAUUGAGAAAAAUGCGACGAAGAUCUCUGAACGUAUUCAAAGGUUCUGUGGAAAUGCCAUGUAGUACAGAACUGAGGGAAGAUUCUGUUGCAGAGAAUGACAGGGAUUUCAGUGACCGUCAAUUACAGCAUGAGCCAAAAGUAGAAGAAAAGACGCAAAGUGAGUCACAAAGAAAAGCUCUGGAAAAUUUUAAAGAUUCUGUGGAAGAGUCGUGUAUAGCAGACGUAGAAGAUUCACAGACAGAAACAGGGAAUAUCGAGUGCCAGAAUAAUCAUCAAAAGGAGGGGUUGAAGAGAAAAGAAAAGAAACCCAAAAAAUCUUUGGAAACAUUGAAAGACUCUACAGAAGAGCCAUGUAAAGGAGACUUGGAAGACGAUUCAAUGAAAGAAAAUGGAGAUGUGGAGUUUCAUCAACAAGAAGAGCUACUGGUUGCAGAAAGGAAGUCGAGAAGGUUACGCAGAAGAUCUUUUGAAAUCUACAAAGCGUACAAGGAAGAAUCAAGUGAGAUUGAGCUGAAAGAACCAAGCACUGAAGAAACCAAGGUUUUUGGAAAUGUCCUGAAGGAUUUAAAUGGCACAACAGCUCCCACAAAAGCUCCCAGGAAAAGAAAGAAGUGUGACUCGGAGGAGGACAUUGUGAAAAUUUACACCUCCAAAAACUAUAUACCACCUGCAGUGAAAGCUUUAGAGACCAUUUCUGAAUCCCCCACCAUUGCAAAGCAGGCUAGAAAGUUGAAACGGAUGAUUGAAUUUGGAAGUUUAUAUCAUGUACCACCUAUUAAACAAAAGAAAAGACAGCAGAAAGCAGUCAAAAGGGGAUGGGACCAGAGGAAACUGAGAAAAAAUAAAAUGUCUGAUGACAUUGCUCAGCAAAAGUUGCAGAGUAUUUGGGAUGAUUUGGAUAAAGACUGAUCAAGACAUUUUAGUAAUAAUAAUUAAUAUGGAAACAUUAGUAUUUUAUCAUCAGUUGGUUCUCCUAGUUACUUUAGACCAUUUAGGAUAACACCCAAUAAUCUGUGACUAGAGUUACCAUUUUUGUAUUUAUGCAUGUUUUUAGGAAUUUCUUAAUUGUGUAUCAAAAUUUUUUGAUCUUAGUAUCAUUUUAAAUAUAUUGCAGUUACAAGGCUUUGUAACCCUAUUUUUAGUGUUUUCCAAAGAAAUUGUAAUAUAAAACAAGACUGCCAUAGUUGUAUCAGCUUUCCUUUUUUUGUGUAUGUUUGUACACUGUAUAUAACAUGGGAAUCCCGUCUGUAUACAUUUUACCCUUACCACAGUUCAAAAGAAUUGACAGUCCAUGCAGAAUUUUGUGAUGGGCUAUUUUGGGAACUGAAACAGUCUGCUUCGCCCCU